UUGUGUUGUUGGUGGUGGAGGAGAGGUGUGUGUAGGGCUCCUCGCGGCCCGCGUCUACCCUGGCUCUACAUUACACGCUCUCACGCUGAACAUGUCGCCCAACGAUGAGAAGGACACCCCUCUCCUGCCGUGGGAUAACUUCGGCAACUGGGUCCAUGCGAUAUGUGUGGUGACGUUUGAUCUGGAGCUGGGCCAGGCCAUGGAGAUGAUAUAUCCUGGAGACAGAGAGUUGACGGAGCGAGAGCGUACCAAUAUCUGCUACUUGGCAUUCCCAGACAGCAACUCUGGUCUCAUGGGCAAUGUACAAUUCCAUUUCCGAAUCCGGCAAUGCCCACAAUCUCUACCUCUACAAACCCGCACAGCUAUUUACCAGUACAAUGCUUCCUGUCCAACCAAUAUACAGACAGAGGAUGGCUACUUGUAUGGGUAUGUGUACUUCAGGCAGGUGAAAGAUCGAACGUUGCGACGGGGAUAUUUCCAAAAGAGUGUUGUCUUGCUGUCACACCUGCCAUUGGUGUCCCUCUUCACUACAGUUCUGGACUUGGUAGCUCCAGAAUAUUUUGAUACUGGGGAGGCCAGCCUAGAGGCAGCGUGCCACCACCUAGAUCAGUGGCCACCUCCCACGCCAGGCACCAUCCUCAGUCUGCCUUUAUUGGGAACUCUGUUACAAGUACGAAUACCAAGUCGCCAAGACAAGCCCGGGGCAUCAACUCUGACGCCUUCUUCCCCUCAUCACACUUCACCUGGUCCUCUCACAGUCCUUGUACCGACUCCUCAUGAGACAGAGGCAUUCCGUGUGCUGGCGCCAGUGUUACCACACUUGAACCUCUUGUGGGAGUUAGUGUUAACAGCUGAGCCUUUGGUGGUGAUGGCAAUGUCUCCAACAACCGCUGCCAAUGCUGUACAAACACUAAUCAGCCUUAUCACUCCUCUGAAAUUUAGUGGUGACUAUCGGCCAUUCUUUACCAUCCACGACUCUGAAUUUAAGGAGUAUACCACGCGCACUUCAGCGCCACCUAACGUCAUUCUUGGAGUUACGAAUCCAUUUUUUGCCAAAACUCUGCAGCACUGGCCACAUAUAAUAAGAAUUGGAGAUAAUUCAGGCUCUCCCGGUACUCAAAAACAUAAACUGAAGAAAGCUUCUGCCCUUAAGACGGUAGAACAGAAGCCUGGUGUAUACACAAAGUAUAAAGCUCACCUUCAGGCUGAUAAGGGUCUUGUUAAACGCUUACUAAAGGGGGUGCAAACAGGUCGUCCAGUGGAAGUGCAGAGUGCACUCUUGCGGCGUCACAUGCUGGAAUUAACACAGUCCUUUAUGAUUCCUUUAGAGCGAUAUGUGGCAUCUCUUAUGCCCUUACAAAAGAAUAUAUCUCCAUAUAAGGCGAUACCAAGUUUGCGCCCAUUCAACCCUGAUGACUUCCUGGCAACAUUGGAGUUAUAUGGGCCACAGCUGACUAGUGGUAUUCGUGGAGAUUGGGAAGGAUUAUAUCGCCGAUUCUUUCGCUCAGUUAACUUCUCCGUGUGGUUUAAUGCGCGUCAUCAGGAAGUAUCGGAUAAGCUUUCCGAGUUACACCUCCAGGCACUAUGUGAUGCAGAUCUAGGUGGAUGGGUAUGUAGUAGGAGUGAGGUGGAGGUGGUGGAUAUGGUGCUGAGGCUGAGAUCCAAGAUGGCUGCUGCCAACUCCCUGUGUGUGGACCAGCACACACACGACAGACUCCAUGCCCAUUUACAGACACUCUUCAUGGCCCUACCAGAGGACCUGCGUUCAGUGCUUCACGCUAGCUGAAGAAUACCAAAAACUGGAAACAAAAUUUUUGUUUUUAAGGACAAAUCAACACGAUGAGUAGAUUUGAUAUACUGUACUGUACUUGAAGAUUGUAUGAUGUAGAUCAUGUAAGCUUCUAUAAAAAAGGUCUCUGUGAGAUUAGGAAAACUAUUUACCAAAAGUAACCUGCAUCACUUUAAAUACAUCUGAAAUCUCU